AUGCCGCAGCCGGUUACCCUGCCACACUUACCGUCCUUCCGCAAGCAACAUCUGAAUGUCGAGUUCGCCUCGCUGCGUUCCGCCAAGCUCGAUGGUGUCUUCGUGAGCAUCACGCCUAGUGAUCCAACGCUGUGGGUUGGCGUGAUAUUUGUUAGGAGAGGUCCAUAUGCCCCUGCGGUCCUGCGCUUUCAGAUAUCUUUCCCACCUAGUUAUCCCGCUCUGCCACCACUCGUGACCUUUUCUACCGAUGUCUUCCACCCACUGCUUACGCCUCUCACCACCUACACUUACACGACUGGAUCGCUGGAUACCGAUACCGUUAGUGCGACCGACGAUGAGAGAUUACCACCGGGAGGCUUCAGUCUCCGUCACGGCUUUCCGCAGUGGUUUGGACGAGCUCGAAGAUCGGCACCUAGCUCGCGCGAUGUCAGCGGAUCCACAGUGAGUAGCCCGGACCGGAUCACGACCCCUACCCGCCCAACAGUCGACACAACUCCCCUCGUUGUAGAGCAUGUCUCCAUCGUAAGCAUCCUGGAGUAUAUGCGGUCCACAUUUAGUGAGGAGAGUGUCCUCGAUUCACUUCCUCUCGAAGCAGCGGCGAAUCCCGGCGCUUAUCACGCCUGGCGGACAUAUAGAGCACCAAUUUUGCAGAAUCAGCAACCACUGGUACCAAGCGCUGACAUCGCACUGGCUGAACAAGCGGGAGACACUACGACUCUAGGUCGAAAUCGUCGUCCGGGAGAGUGGAACUGGGAAGGAGUGUGGGAAGAGCGUGUCAAGAAGGCUGUGAAAGCGAGCCUGUCGGAGCCUGUUCUAUUUGGCACGGAAGACAUCAUACGAUUUCGAGAUAGUGACGAAGAGACCACAGAGAGGAUGAGAAGACAGCUGGAGGCGACUGCCACGAGCAGCACACAGGCAUAGGGGCUCAUAACAUCUGGCACAUUCAAUGAAUUCAGUGUCCAUGCCCAAGUCCUUAUGAUCUUUGUGAGGGAAGAUCGGACUGGUCUCAUAAGCAGCAGGUGUGCGUUAUGGCUGUUGACAAAACGAGCUCUCUGCUACUUCCCAAAGCACUGCUGAUUUCAGUCACGUCAUAGCUUCUCAUUCCACCAUUUACAACACAUCCUCCUUCAUCGAGCGCACAUAUCAGCUAGCGACAAGAAAGAAUACUUUUUACCCA